UCAGCAACGUAUAGCGGGACUGCGGAGGACAUUCUGGCACUGGGGGGGAACUGACUAACUGUCACUGACAUGCCAAGUGACACCAAUACAGUGAUCAGUGCUAAUAAAAAGGACUGACACUGUGCUAAUGGCACUGGGCAGGAAAGGGUUGACAUCUGGGGCGAUCAAAUGGUUAACUGUGUGCUGUUUUACUGUGUGCUGUGUGUGUUUUCACUAUGUCAGCACAUUGCUUUGUAUUACUCUGCUAUGAAGAGCAUACAAAGCAAUGUGCAGGAGCUGACAGAUCUGUAUUGUUUACAUACACGUCUCUCCCCCGUCAGUGAUACUCGGUGAUCGCUGGGUGCCAGCGGGGAAUCA